CCACUGUCCCACAUUCCCAUGUAUAUAAAUCCCCCCGAGAGAAAGUACGACAACGCCGGCCGAGCUAACACAGCGGUAGGCGGCAGCCAGCCAGCCAGCCACCGGCCGACCCCAUGGCCGAAGAAGAAGAAGCCGCCGCCGGCGACGGCGGAGGGUGGCCGGAGCCGGUGGUGCGAGUGCAGUCUCUGUCCGAGAGCGGCGCGUCCACCAUCCCGGCCCGCUACAUCAAGCCGGCCCACGACCGGCCCACCCAUUCCGCCACCUCCAUCUCCAUCCCGGUGGUGGACCUCUCUUCGUCGUCCACGUCCUCGACGGCGGCGGCGUGCAGGGAGUGGGGCUUCUUCCAGGCGGUGAACCACGGCGUUCCCCUAGACCUCCUCCGCCGUGCCCGCGCCACGUGGCGCGCCUUCUUCUCCCAGCUGCCCCUCGAAGCCAAGCAGCGGUACGCCAACUCGCCGGACACCUACGAGGGCUAUGGCUCCCGCCUCGGCGUCCAGCAAGGCGCCUCCCUCGACUGGGGCGACUACUUCUUCCUCCACCUCAGCCCGCCUCGCGCCGCGUCGCCCUCCGACAAGUGGCCCCACUUUCCCCCGGACCUCCGGGAGACGACGGAGGAGUAUGGGAGGGAGGUGGCGAAGCUAUGUGGGAGGCUGAUGGCGGCGAUGUCGGCGGGGCUCGGGGUCGGGGAAGGGAGGAUGGCGGAGGAGUUCGGAGGGGAAGACGAAGCCGGGGCGUGCGUCAGGGUGAACUACUACCCGCGGUGCCCGCAGCCGGAGCUCACGCUGGGACUCUCCUCGCACUCCGACCCUGGCGGCAUGACCGUGCUGCUCGCCGACGAGCACGUCAAAGGGCUCCAGGUCCGCUGCCCCGGCGGCGCCGGGGAUGGAGGAGAAGAUGAGUGGGUGACCGUUGACCCGCUUCCUGGCGCACUCAUCGUCAACGUCGGGGACCAGAUCCAGGUGCUGACGAACGCCGAGUACCGGAGCGUGGAGCACCGUGUGAUGGCGAACGCGGGCGCCGAGCGGCUCUCCGUGGCGCUCUUCUACAACCCCCGGAGCGACAUCCCGCUGUCCCCCAUGCCGGAGCUGGUGUCGCUGCCGGAGAAGCCGCCGCUGUACGAGCCCAUGACCUACGACCAGUACCGCCUCUACAUCCGCCGCGAGGGGCCCCAGGGGAAGGCCCAGGUCGACUCCCUCAAGGCAUCGUCGUCACAGGAGCGCCCUUAGCGUUAAAAUUAAUGGAUAAUUAAGCUCCUGGUAGUGGUAGGCUAAUAAGAGGGAGAGGAUGCCGGACUACUGCGUGCUGCUGUGCCCACUAGCUAGGACAGUAAUAAGAGUGAAUAAUGGAGGGGUUAACUAAUUAACUGAUCAGAGCAUGGACUGGUCAAAAAGAAAAAAAAAACUGAUCAGAGCAUGGUUGAAUGGAUGGAUGGAAACGAGACAAUCGAUGUUGCGCAGUGCUUGGUUGGUCGUCCUGUUUUUAUUUUUGGUCAUUUGGUCCAAACUGGUUAGAGAACCGGCCAAAAAGAGAAGAAACGACAUUAAUUUCUUUAAUCGAUGAUGUAAUACUCCCUUCGUUGGGAAGUAAGUAACUUGGGAGUGC